CGAGAACUCGUGUCGCUGGCCGUGUCGAAACGAAAGGUUUCUAUAAAUAAUCCAAUGUCCGAUGUCCGAGUCGGUGUUUCUCGGACGGUCAGAGGGUAGAGAGUCGCCUAGAAGCCGCUGCAGCAGCGGUCUGCUCUAGGAGCCAUACUCUCUCCCUCUUUCACUGUGUUGAUGGGGGUGUAACGACCAGACGAACGAGAAGGAGGAUAAGGCGGGAUCGUGAAUAGCCAGCGCGUGGCGGUCGGCCACGUCUACGUGGUGUCAGGUAGGAACCGAAGAAAGAGGAGACUGGAGGUGGACAAGUGGAAUCGAAGGGGGUGGGGAUGGAGCGGGAGCAACGUGGACGCGGCUCGCGAGCGUCGUCGACGUCGAGCCUCGGACGCGAGGUCCGUUGUGGCUGUCAGUACUACCAGAGCGACUCGCUUCUGCCGGAACGACGUGCUCUCCUCGGUAGACCGCCGUCCAGGACGAUGCAGCAGCCACCUGCGGUCCGCUGCAGCGAGCACGAGUACGAACCGAUCGCUGCACCGUCGCCGUCGCCGUCGCCCAAAGCAGCGUCGGCGCCGGUCGUGCGAAUCACCGACACGGAUGUGGUGCCCGUCGCUGACAGCGACGAAAGCAUCGACGACCGGGCACGACUGCCACCGGAAUUGACGCGAGCCGGUGAACUGAUCCUUCCUCUCGAUGGCAAGAUCGAGGACACCGCGAUGGAGGCUCGCGAACUCGUCGAAACCGGCGACACAUCGGAGGAACUGGAAACUCCGCAGCAACUUCAGGAACGAUUGGAGGAACGGUUCUUUAAUGCUGCCACACCUGGCGCCGAGUCUAGAACCGAUGGCGAAGUUAACACUAGUCAGGUAGACUCGUUAGCAUUGGAGGAGCUGCCCCUUCGUCGCGGUGCACGCGGUUUGCCCCACAAGCUGAAGACACAAGCUGGUAAGCUGCGCACACGAUUGAAGAACAUUAAACGACCGACGUUCGCGUUGCCGGAACGUCAAAGAGCCGAGAAGACCAGGUCGACCAGCAGCGGUAGGUCGGAUAAAUCGCGGACCGAGAAGAGACCCAGCCGAAUGGACAGAAUCAGAUCAUCCUUCUCCGAACGACCGAGAUUCUCUCUACCGGAUCGAUCGAAGUUUCAUUUGCCCGAGAGGCCCAAGUUCAACCUGAAGAACGCCUUAGCUCGUACGAGAAGAUCGCCUCCCCCUAACGAACGCUCCACCGACCCGACGGUGGGUUCUCGUGGUAGAAACAUCUUCGACUUCUCCACGUACCCACGGAUAUUCGAUAGGAAAUCGAAGAACAAGGCCGACUACGCGACCUCUACGCCGAAGGAUUCACGAGCGCAGUCCGCUGAGAGCGCUACUUUUCCUCGACCGCGUAAAGGGAUGGUCGUCAGCAAACGAUGGACCAGGAGAUUCGAGAACACGACGGCGUACAUCGACGAGGAUCGUUCGGGCGCGGACACCGCGGCGGAGAGGUCGCCACCCUGGCGUCAUCCCUCGAGAGAGGAGCCUAGAUUGUCCCUCGGAUUCGAAGGAGACACCAGGAUACCUUGGGAGGAGAAAGAACGGCCGGAGGAGCUGCAAUACAUGGAUUACGAACAGGAAUCUCCUGAAAUCUCCGAGCGUCAUGCCCAUCCGACAUCGGAGGCUUCCAGAACCGAGGAUGAUUCCUAUGAUAGAGAACAAAUCCCAGAAUCGAAUGCCAGGUUGUAUCAGGACCAAGACGCAGCGGAAGCAUACUUGAAAGGGACUAAGAAAGAGGAAGAGGUGGAAGAGGGUGAGGUUGAUUGGAGAGCGGAGGAACGGAUUGCCAGGGAUGAAAUCAGAGCGGUUCAACGAUCGCGUUCCUUGGAAGCGGUUCUACGAGCGAGGGAAGAGGAAGGGUACGAUGGAACGUUCGUGAUGGUGGACCCCAGAAGAUACGGGGUGCACAAGACACCGUCCGAGGAGGAGGAGGAGGAGUACGACGAAGAGAUGGAGGAGGAGGAGGAGGAGGAGGAGGAGGAGGAAGCGGAACCUUCGUCCGCACAGUCGGACAGGGAGCAACAGCAAUCGAGUGGCAGCUCCUGCGACCGACGACGUCGCGGGGUUAUCGAGGAGAUCGAUUACGACGAGUUCUUCCUCAGCCAGGACGACACGCAUCUGGGCAAGUAUCUGACCACCGAGAUCAGAGACGCCCUUCGAGCGGAACAGAGUCACAUACUUGUGGGCGACGCCUCGAUGCCGGCUCCUCCGCAGCGUCCCACCAGGAGCAGAUCCUUGGGAAAAAAACAAAAAGAGGGUUCGAUCGAGUCGUACGAAGCGAUGCCGCCAGCAAGACCCAAAAGAGACCCAAACAGGUCUCGCCGCAGCGAGUCCAUAGAGGAGCAGUUUCCUGAACGCACCAGAAGCGAUUCGAAGCACCGGAUAGUUUAUCAGACCGAAGGCGAACCACCGGAAUUACCGAUCGAACCCUUGGACGAUAUUGUAGUAGUGAAACCCGUGCGUAGAAAGUCCAAGUCCUCUCAGCGUAGUCGCUCGCAGAUACGAACGGAUACGCCUCGACCACCCUCGCCCGCCUCUGUUCCGCCCGUCGUACCGACUCGUCGAAAACGUUUACGCAAAGAAACACCCACGUCGGAGAGAAGGAACGGUGAGCUGGCGGCUAUAUGCAACGGACACACCGAGUGGGCUGCAACUGAUUCAGCUCCCGAAAAACCUUUGCCAUUACCACCCACCGAUCAGUUGCCAGAUGACCAGGAAGCGUACACCGCGGAGGAGAUCAUAGCGACCAGCGAGGAGAACAUUCGGAUGCUGGCCACGCGUCUGCGAGAAGAGGAGUACAUGGAACCAGCGCCAGUUCCGCCAAAGAGGAGAUCUAGGUCCAGAGGCACCUCGGUAGCCCAGGACGAGGACAGGACCUCCCACGGGGCUGAAUCCCUACCAGAGAUAGGGUACGUAGAGGAGGAUAUACCUAGAGACGAUCUAGACUUUGGCAGAGAUCUAUCGGGCUACGCUAUCAUAGAGAAACGAGACAAACCACCGCGGCCACCACCUCCGCGUAGAAAAAAAGACAAAUUCGCCACGACCCCAAGACCUGUAGCCCCUAAACGUCCUCAACGCGCCUACAGUACGUUGGUGGGUCCAAGUAUGUCCAGAGAAAUGAACAUACUGACGGAUGAAUUUGAGACGACAACCCUUCAGCCAGCAGAGUCUGCCCCCUACAUAGAGAUCGAUUCCGACGACGGGGAACACAAGGAUCUACGCAGCGACGAAGUGCUAAGCAAAAUGCAAGGGCGUCCACUGCCAGCUCCUCCGAGACCACCCAGAGUAAGGAAGGAUAGAUCCCUGGAACGUUCUGCGGGUGCAGUGAACCAGGAGUCCAUCGCGGAGACGACGACCGCGACCCAGACCGAUCCAUUGCCCGACGACAUGGUGAUCGAAGAGGAAGUGACUCAGGCGAAACUCGUGGUCGCCCCCUCCGUGUCAGGCUCUCAGAUCAUGGUCUCUACCGAAAGAAUACCCAGUCCAUCCAACGUAAGCACACCGCCUGUUCCUCCCUUGUCGAUCAUCUCCCAACGUAUGCGCAGGGAGGAAGAAACGGAACUACCCUACGACACCGUGUCCUUGAAGUCCCCGUCGCCUGCACGCGAAAUGGAAAAUCUUCAAGAUAGACACCUGUCCGCGCCACACUUGGGGGAACGUAUUCGCGAAGAAAAUCCGCGCGUACCGUCCGUCCAUUCCGCUCUAUCGUCGAACGAGCCUGUCAGAAUCAGUAACCUCGAGGUUGGAGAUCUGCGAGUAGAUCGUUUGAACGUGUCGCAGAUAGAGGCGGGGAAAAUUGUCGCGUCGGAAGUGGACACGUUAGUUAUCACUGCGUCCGAGUUGAAGAGCAUGACGGGUAUGUUAGCGGAGGGUCUGUCUCCGUCCAUCAUCAAGGAAUUGAUAGCCAUUAGAAGUCACUUGGAAACGGUGGCCGCUUCUCAAGCGCAACAGAGCCAAGUUCGCCAAGGUAGACCGAUCGAGGAGGAAACGGAACGGAAACCAGGAGCCGAGCAGACGGUCCAGGAAAGCCCUUUGGACGCGGAGAAGUCGAGGCCAACCGAGGAGCAAAAGGUUGUUAAAAGAGAAGUAGUUGAAACGAAGGACAAAGAAAUGUCCGGCACACGUACACAGUCCAUUGCACGAGCAAACGUCGAAGAUAACGAAAUACCAGUAACGCACACAUUAUCAGUCACCCAAGUAGAGUUCAGCGACAAAGACAUCUUUCUCACAACACAAUCACCCUCUGUCGUUCAGCCAACUGAAGAUACGUCCUUACGAAUUUUUGAUUCAGAAUCCCUCCUUUCUUUGAGCACGGCUACCGCUAAGCAGCCCAACGUGGACGAAUCCCGCGCCUCCCUUCCUCCGUCUAGAACAACGAAAACAGACGACGAUGCGAUGCAAUCGAGAUUCUCCUCCGAUCGAAUGUUCGAACCAAGCGACGAACAAUUGGAAGGAUCUACCGAUUCGAAGAUACCAGCCGAGUUUUCCACGCUGAUGACAGAGCACCGAGAUGAAGAUAAUAAGGAGAGCAGCCCGGAAAGAUCGGAGCGAAAGAGUCGGAAAUCAAGAUCCAGAUCACCGUCCCCUAUACGUGUAUCUCCAGCGCGACAAACCGCUUCCCCGGUACGAUCCUUACCCCCUGCUAUCUCUGUAACACCGGACACACCCGACAAUAUAGCACGACACGGCAUCACCAGCGAGACGCAACCGCAACGUGCCGUUAUCUCUUACACUUCGUACACCGAGGUAUCCGAGAGGGAGAGCCAAAGGGAAACGUCUCAAUCACCGAUCGUACCCUCCUUUCCUCUAACCGGUACCCAUCUCAUUGCGUUUCCAGCUUCACAAAUUCCAAGUCAAUUUUAUUCCCUGACCAGUCAACCCGUAGAUUCAGAGGCCACCGUGUCGGAUAGCGCGAGACAAUUAAUCAGAGUUCUACGAUUGGCGUGUAUCAAAGCCAUGAGGCAUUUCGUACGGUACACGGCUUCCAUGGUAGGCGAAGAAUCCAGGGAGAAGAUCCGAGAGGUCGAACUAACGAUAUGCGCCAUCUUGUUGUUAGUCACUGGCUUAUUGAUAUUCUUGUUCAGUAGCACGCGAACGGUAACGCAUCAUCAUCACUGGGAUUAUUUUAAUCCGCCUAAAUAACGCACAGAAAUAAAGGAAAUCAUUAAACAGCUCAAAGCUAUAUGUUUAUUUGAAUCUAUCAUUUUUAUCAUGUCAAUUUAUACAUGUAACGAGAAUCCGCUAAUAGAAUAAUAGAAAUUAGAAUAAGCUUGAUAACGUACAACAGAAACAGAGAAGGUAACGCGUCUGUUCUCUGAUUAAAUGUUUAAUACAACCGGUAAACGAUAGUGACCGACUGAUACUUGUAAAAAAGUUAAUGCCCACGUAUCAUUUACUGCGAGAAUACUUGUACUUAAUUGCUAAGUGCUGCAUAUGUGUAUAUACACAUGAUAUAUACACAUGUACCACCCAAUUACAAAUAUCUAUUAUCGAUA